CUGUCGUCCCUUCACCUUCCUCUCUCCUCUUGUUUCUUCUUCUCGACGAAGGAUCAUCCAUAAAACACAGAAUCAAAGAAUAGACAGAAACCUCCUACUAGGUUUUACCAUCUGUUUCAUAAACGAGGAGUGUUUUUUUUUUUGCGGCGGAGGGACAAGUUGCUGAAAACUGAUAAAUAUGGGCUCCAAGGGGCAGAGCAAGAGGCGUUUGAUUCUAUCUGACGAUGACGAUGAUGACUCCGACACCAGGAAGUUCUACCGUUUUAAAGUCCUGUUACCAAAUACAGCUACUGUGGAACUCACGGUACGUUACUCAAAGCCCCAAAUGCCAAUGGAGCUUUUCGUGAAGCUGGUGAAGGAGGAAUAUGACAAAACCCGGAUGAACUGUGGGUUGAUGAGGAAGAAAAAGCCGAUAGGCUGGAACUCAGGUCCCAGGUUUUGUUUAGAGGAUUCUAAUGGUAACAAGAUGAGGCAAAGCGUUAGAUUCGGAGAGUUUAAGCCUUGCCAGAUGCAUAUCGUAUGUCUCCAUGAUGGUUCUGGUGAGGCUGCGGAUACAUUCGAGAACAUGUGGGACCUGACUCCUGAUGUUGAAGUGUUGAAAGAGCUACCUGAAGAUUAUACUUUUGUAACAGCUCUUGCGGAUUUGAUAGACAAUUCCUUACAAGCUGUGUGGUUUAACUCAGACAACCAUCGGAGAUUUAUUAGUGUGGAUAUUCGUGAGGACCGAAUUUCAGUCUUUGAUACGGGUUCCGGAAUGGAUGGUAGCGAAACGAACUCCAUCGCGAAAUGGGGUAGGAUGGGUGCCUCGUUACACAGAUCAUCGAAACCCCUGGCAGUUGGUGGCAAGCCUCCAUAUUUAAAGCCGCUGUUCGGGAUGUUUGGAUAUGGAGGUCCUAUAGCCUCUAUGCACCUGGGAGGACGUACAUUGGUGUCUUCCAAGACAAAAGAGUCUAAGAAAGUUUACACUUUGCUUCUCGAGAGAGAAACUUUGAUCAACCGUUCUGGCUCUGGUGUUACUUGGAAGACCGACGGUGGCAUGAGAGAUCCAACGGAGGAGGAAAUUAAAUUGUCGCCUCAUGGAAGUUUUACGAAGGUGGAGAUUUUUGAACCAAAGCUUGAAAUGCCUGAUAUAUCACACCUCCAAUGCAAGCUUAAGGACAUCUAUUUUCCUUACAUCCAGUGUGAUGAAAUCUCUGAAACAGGGAAGACUGAGAUGCCGAUAGAGUUCCAGGUCAAUGGAGACAAUUUAGCUGAACUAGAAGGUGGAGAGGUUGCGAUUACCAAUUUAAACUCAUGUACGGGCCGUGAAUUUUCUUUUCAGCUUCGAUUCUGUGCAAGUGGUGAGAAAACAAAAGGGAUAUCUUCAAAGGCAAAUGCUCGCCUCAAGUUUGUUUAUUUUCCAAUCAUCGAGGGGAAGGAGAGCAUUGAGAGAAUUUUGGAAAGCUUAGAAGAGCAAGGAUACAGAGUAACAGAUAGCGUCGAGACCUUUAGUUGCAUUUCAGUUAGAAGGCUCGGCCGUCUACUUCCAGAAGUUUGUUGGCCACCGUUUCCGUUUAUGAACUUAAAGCUGAAGAAAGGUGCUAAUGCCCCCAUAUUGAAGAGUUGUUCCUCGCGAGUUAAAUGCUUUAUCGACUUGGAUGCUGGCUUCAAUCCAACACCCUCGAAAACUGAUCUUGCGCAGCAAAACCCUUAUUCAAGAGCUUUGAGAAACUUUGGGAGUAAAUCUACAGAGAAAGAUGUGAGUAUCGAGAUGCAUAGAGCCGGAAAGCCGUUGAGUUACACACAACUUGAAAAGGAGUUUCAGAAGUGGGUUCUGGAAAUGCAUCAUUGCUAUGACAGAGAGGCUGAGUCCACUGCAGAUGAAGGCAUCCUCAUUGUUGACUCAGAAAACGACCCCUUAGAUAAAAACGCUCUUCGUAUUUUAGGCGAUGCUCAAGUUGUUCGGGUGCAUGAAUGUUUGAAGAGAAAAGGGGUAUCAUGGAGUCGGGGGCAGAAUAUCAAGAUUCUGAAAGGUGCAUGUGCAGGAGUUCACAGCAACAAUAUAUAUGCGACAAUUGACUAUUUCCUCGUCGAAGGAUUCCAGGGUGAAGCUGGAGGGGAUGCUCGGGUCAUAUGCAGGCCAAUCAAUCGUUCUGAGAAUGAGGGAUGCUUGCUUACAAUCAUCAAUGGAUUCCCAAAGCUGAAACUACAAAGUUCUCUUUCGCUGCCGAUCAGUAUUAUUGAUGCCGGAAAGUGCUUAGCUGUUGAAAGACAAGAAUGGGAUACUAAACUUGAGAAGGAGCGGCUCAAGGCUCCUGCAUCCAUUGAUUUGCUGAAUGAGAGAGAGUGCCUGGAGCUGGAUAUUGAUGGGGCACUCCCUGUUGAUGUAUCAGUACGUGCUGGGGAAGCUCCACCGCAGGAGAUUGUGGCGGUUGUCCGACCCGUCAACUUCACAUCCUCAACACCGUCAAAGAGGUUGGAUCAGAAGCAGGUUGUGAAGCUUGAUAAAGAAAUGCAUAUGGAGAUUAAACUGGUGAAUGGAACUGGUAAAUCAAGCAACAAAAAUGUCCAGCAUGUAUUUUCACAGCGUGUUUCACAUUCUUCGCGAAAAACUGUUCAUGGGUUAUACUUCUUUUCGCUCGGGUCCAAGUUCCCUGAUUUGUUCAAGAAAGCUGGGAUCUACAUGUUCUCCUUCUCCGUUGGAAAAUCGUUGUGCUGCACAAAGACUGUCUCAGUUAAAGCCUCUUCAAAGGCAACAAGCUGGAAACUUAAUAAUCUGGAAAACUUGUCCCUCGAGAUUCGGGUCGGUUCUUGUUUCCCACCUUUCCGUAUUGCUUGCUAUGACAUGUAUGAAAACCAAAUUGAGUUCUCUUCUACUCCAAGUCUUGAAGUGGAAUUGACUGCUAGCUCAGGUUUUAGACUUGAAAUUGACAAGGUGAAGGCUGAUGUAAUAAAAAACAGAUCCAUUCUCAAUAUCGAGAAUAUUAUUGUUGGGACAAAUGAAUUGGACAGGAUCCGACCAAGUUAUGAAGCAGCCUUAAAGAUUUGUUCAAAGGAUGAACCACUUUGUGUCUCUGUUUCUUGUAAAGUUAAGCCAGGCCCUCUGGAGCAUGUUGUUGUAAACAAUCGAGAAGCAUUGGAUAAUCUUUUUCCUGAUUUCACUGUUAGAAAUCUUACCUUAGAGAUGUUCGAUGGAUAUGGUAACCAUGUCGAAGAAGGGACUGAUGUUAUGUUACAUCUUGAUGGCUUCGAAAUCCAAGAUCAGAUGGGAUUAAAACGUAGUGUUGAUGAUUGUGGCUGCAUUGAUCUCUCUGGAGUUCUCAAAGUCAAAGCAGGCUAUGGGAAAUCUGUAUCGCUUUCUGUUAGGUCCAGUGAUGAAGAAAUUUUCAAGAUAGAGUCAGAAACUGUGAGAAGAGAGCUCCAACUUGUAACAGAGCUGCCAGAGUACUGUACUGCCGGUUCUAAUCUUGAAAAUAUUGUUUUCAAAGUGACGAAUUCGGAUGGUACUGUUGAUACAAGCAUUCACGAUGAUGAAAAAUCCGGGAGUUAUCAUACCCUUACCCUAAAAUCUGAUCCAGCAAUCUCGGAGAAUGCCAUUCGAUAUGCCUUUGUACAUGGCUGCUGCAAAAUCCCUUCUCUUUUUCUCCCUAAAAAUGAAGGUCUCUUUUGUUUGGAGGUGUUUCAUUUUCGUCACUCUGAGCUUCACAUGAGCUUAAAGAUAUCUGCUUGGUGCUCGCUUUUCUGCAUACUGAUUCAGCUCAUGGCUGCUCCUGAAUCUGAAAGAGACGACACUGAGUCUCCCUAUCCAUGUUCAGGGAACGGGAUUUUUCCUGAGUUUCAUCCACACGUAAAGAUUCAGAUUGAGACUGCUCCUGAAUCCGAAAGAGAAGAGAUUGAGUCUCUCCUUCCAUUUUCGGAGAACCACGUUUUGCCUCUUGAAGUGUCUCCUUCCUCAAUCCACUGCCAAGUGAGCUUAAUGUCUGCACAUGAGCGCAGUGAGGAGUUAUUCGAAAAACUUGAAAGAUACGGCUCACGAAAUGGGGCACUUGAAAAGCAGCUGAAUGGUUUAAUGACUCAGAAGAAAGAAAUCGAACAAGACUUGAACAUAUUGCAAGCUUCUCUGGGACAACUUGAUGAUGCAUCCUUCCCGGAAUGCUUAACGACAAAAGAAGCAUUGAUGAGAAAGAUAGAAAUGGAGCAUUUCGACUCUGCUGCAUCGGUUUACUGCUGUCUGUCCAGACACAUUUCACCAUCUCGAGCUCAGAUUCAGUUAAGGAAGGAUGUGAUUGGUCCAGUCGCACUUCUUGGUUCAGUUGUCUCCUCUUCGCUUAGCAGGAUACUCUCUGAAUACUUGGGAAAAGAGACGAUGUUAGCGUUGGUAUGCAAAUCAUAUGAAUCAGCUCGUUCGCUGGAGCGAUAUGGACCAAACGGUGUUAUAGAUCAUGAGUUCGGGAUUCACGCUGAAGCAGCGAAGCUUCAAGGAUCCGUGGCCAGUCGUUUUACCGUCAUAUGUCUAGAGAGAAUCAGACAUUGGAAGGGCGGAUAUGUCAAGAACGAUCCAUUGAAAAGAUUAAGUUUGGGCCGACCUAGGUUACCGAAUGGAGAUAUGGUACCGGGCUUCUUGGGUUAUGCCGUGAAUAUGAUCGAUUUGGCUUCAGAGUUGCUCAGCGUACGGAUAUCAUCGGGCUACGGCCUGAGAGACACUCUGUUCUAUGCACUUUUCAAGACGUUGCAUGUAUACGAGACCAGAAAUCAUCUGGAAGCGGCGCUUCCGUACAUCAACGGUGGAGCUGCGGUCUCGUUAGAUGGUGCAAUCGUCAAAGAAGAUGGAUUCAUUCGUCUCGGAAGCUGGCGGCCAGAAAUGUAUUUCCCUGUAUCGGUAAAAUCAGAAGAAACACAAUCGAUUCUGAAGGAGAUCGAAGCGAAGAGAGAUGAUCUCAGAACUAUCGUGGAACAGAUCACGGGAACUGACAACUCUCUGCGUAAGGUUCAGAAGAAAUUCUCCAAGAGGAAGAACGAAUACGAAGGGCUCCUUGGGAGUGUCACGAAUCUCCCGAAACGACGUCGUUUGGAGUUCGACGAGCAUGUCGCGGCAGAGGAAGACGACGGGAGUACGGCCGACUAAAAGACGAUGAGUGGAUUGGAUCAGAAGUUACCGGUUUGAUGAAAUCUCCGGUUUACCAGUCGGGUAUGGCCGGUUUUUUUGGUUUGUGGAUAAUUAGUCGUCGAUACGGGUACGGCCCAUUUAAAGUCCAAACGGUGUAGCCCUUUUUACGGAUUCUGUGUGGACGGUGAGGAGUAAUUAAAUACGUUUUCAUUUCAAGGCAUAA